AUGGACUUGCCUUAUGAAGUGCUUCAGUGCAUCUUCUCAAGCGCCCUGUUAAGCCAGUCCGACCGAAAGGCACUGCGUCUGACUUGCAAAACCAUAGAGCCUGCUGCUCGUGCUGCCCUCUUUCACCGAAUCGCUCUGUCCUGUGUUGCUCACGACCGCGACGCCUUCUUCCACAUCGCUGCCACACCCCGACUGGCCAAAUGCGUACGUGAGGUUGCCUGGUUUGUAUUGAAAUGCAACGCCCUAUUCGCAGUUAGCACAAUAUUCUAUACUCUCCUUGAUGAAGCCGAAGAAUUGGCAGAUUAUGACACUGUCAGCCAACUUUCUGCCUGGUCGCGUAAUAAGAUUUGCUGGAUUGAAGCAUCGGUCCCUUGGUAUUCCGCAUCAAGACAAGCAACGCUAGCUGACUUUGAGCAUAAACUGGCUGAAGCUGUACCUAGAUUGACGGGUCUUGGCUCAAUUGUAUACCAGAAUAUGCCGGUAGAGCGCGUGGUUGCUCGACUUCCCCCCUGUGCCGGUCCCUACUGUGGUUGGCCUAUUACCGCUGGCUCACUACAAGCACACUCAUUUCUAGGAGAGGAUGAGCUUUUGAACAAUGUAGCUGAUUCCAUUUUUGCUCGUACAUUACUCCCAUAUGUCUCUUCCAGAUCGGCCAACAAUAUUGUUUUUAUUGACGGCUGUCAGCCCAUACCCCUCUUUCACUACAUAAGAGAGUCAUCUAGUGCUUCUAGACUGACUAGCGUUGCCCUUACUUUAGAUGCCAGGGGGGAAACUCUACUGCUGGAGCUUGCGGGAAAUUUCCUUCGGCAGGCUCAUGCCUUAAGGGACCUGGACAUUACCCUUACUCGGCUCAUUGAUCCCAAGCCAUGGGAACAAAAAUGGUGGCGGAGUAUAGAUUUUCACUACGAUCUUCAUGUCUGUGUGGACGACAGCGAAGAUGCCAAUUCCGCCGUGGAGGCAGCCAGAAAGCUGCUAGGCCAUGCUUACUGCGAGGGGACGGCCCCGGCUUGGCCGCGUUUAACAUCGUUGAGUCUGACCGAAGUCCAAAUGAAAGAAGAAGAUCUCUUGGCAUUGAUCCGGAGACAUGCCACCUCGCUCCGCAGACUAACCCUGGGAGAAUAUGGCAUGCAUGAAUGCACACUCCGUAAGAUGGCCAACAUACCCAACCUAAGUCUCACAUCAAUACAGCUAUUUUGCGAAGGUGUCCAACCGGAAUAUACCGAGCUAUUCUUGCUUCGAUAUCUAACUCAUCAGUUUGACCCGGACAUAUGUGAUUUCGGCAAUUUCAGGGGUCCUGUUACCACUCAUAUAAGUGUAUACAGCAACAGCCAUGGUGUUACACCGCACCGUGAUGCUGUGAGGGGAUAUAGCCAUAACGGUACGCCUGUGAAGAGGAAGAAUGAGACUUUGUGGUACUUGGAUGACUUCACUGGGAAAAGGAUAUACUAUUGUAACGAAGACGAUGACAACAGCGAAGACAAUAUAGACAGCGCUGUUGGGGACACGAGUGAUACUGAGUCUAUUGACAGUCAGGAUGCACGCCUAUCGGCGGCUCCGCGUUGGAAAUACGGCAGGUUCUUUUCCUCAACGCGAACAGGAGCGCGACUAGGGACAAUAUAUUGCUGGCCUGUUCCCGAGGACGAGCGCGGCGGUUACCUCACUCAAGCAUGGGCUUUCUCUCACCACAGCGGAGAAUUGGCAUGUGGAACAGAGCCCUUGUCCUUCUUUGAGGAUUGGAAUAGCGAGAUUGAUGUUGCAACUCCCUUGCCACACUGUGACAACUUAAAUCGGUUUCAUUCUACAAGCGAAGAGGACCAGUGUUACAGGUGCCAUAGUAGCCGUGAACACUGUGUUGAAGAGAUUCUUGGAAGUACCACAGAGCUUCUUUGGCGUAUUCCGCUACCUAAAGAUGCGAUCCCUUGGUUUUCUCUUGAGCAAAAGGAGAAACGAAGUGUCGAAGACAUCGCGGCUGAAUUUAUUCGAUUCCGAAGCACUCAAACUUAUGGCCCCCAAUCCCAACGUACACAGCCCAACAAUGAUUUGCAGCUAGGAGCUCCUGUUGUGAAUACUAUACUACUCAGCCAGAAUUCAAGGCUACUCGACCUGGGGAGCCUGCGGCCAUGGUGGAAAUGGGGUUUGUUUAUUGAGAUCGACCUGUGGGAGAAUCAGGACUAUACCGGUGCAUGCCGCAUGCGAGCUUGCGAUAUUUAUUACUGGCAGGUUCCAUCAGAUGAGCGCGGUGCGUCGCCGACAGCGGUGUGGCGCUUCGUCAAAGGUCAUAAUAUCAGCUACGGACGUCAGCCAGAUGCUGGGGAGGGUACUGUGGAAGCGACACCAUUUUCUGCUGCGCUACAUGACUUCUUCACUGGCAACCAAAAAUAUUGCAAAUACAAUUGUCAUUGCCUUUUCGACGUGCUCGGUUACACGACAAAUCUUCUACCACUGAUUAAGCCGCCAGAAGGAGCUAUAAAAUAUUGUUGCAGAGAUGAUCCGUUCGGCUCAAAGCGUGUAAUAUGGGUAGACGGCAGAGAGACGAAUUAG